UACCAACAUGGCGACUCUCAAUAUUUUCUGCUUCUGUAUACUAAGUAUUUUAUCAGCUCCAUUUUGCAGCCAUGCAGCGAGUUACAAGGGCGGAGAAAAGGUUCCACUGUAUGUAAACAAAGUUGGUCCGUACUUCAACCCACAAGAGACGUAUCAUUACUAUUCCCUGCCAGUCUGUAGACCUGAAAAGGUAGAGCAUCGUAGUUUAACGUUGGGAGAAGUUUUAGAUGGCGACAGAAUGGCUGUUGCCUUACAUCAAAUCAACUUCAAAGAGCAAAAAGAAAAUGUAAAGCUUUGUACUGUUACACUCAAGGAAAAAGAAGUUCAGCAGUUACAAGAGGCCAUUGAAGAUUUGUAUUACUUUGAAUUUGUUUUAGAUGAUCUUCCUCUGCGGGGCUUUAUUGGUCACUUGGAAGAAGGAGGCUUCUUGCCUCACACUCACAAAGUUUACCUCUGGGCUCAUUUGAACUUUAAUAUAGAAUUUAAUGGGGAUCAGAUUAUUUCAGCAAAUGUAAGUACAGCAAAUCAUCAACCAGUAGCUCUGGAUGACAUUGAGUUGCCAUACAAUGUGGAGUUCACGUACAGUGUCCUGUGGAGCUCAACUGACUCUCCAUACUCAGAGAGACUGAAAAUCAAAGGGGCUGGAAGCUUUUUUCCAAAGAGCCUGGAGAUUCACUGGCUGUCAAUUAUCAACUCUGUAGUGCUGGUCUUCUUGUUGAUAGGAUUUGUAGUUAUCAUCCUGAUGCGAGUACUCAAGAGUGACUUUGCAAAGUACAAUGUAUCUGAUGAUGAAGAAAUGGAUGACAUAGAUCAUGAUGAAGUGGGUUGGAAGAUUAUUCAUGCAGAUGUUUUCCGUUUUCCACCAUACAAAAGCUGGCUCUGUGCCAUCCUUGGUGCAGGAUCCCAGUUCCUCACACUCUGCUUUGGUAUCAUAUUUUUGGCUUUGUUGGGCUUGUUUAAUGUUCACAGACAUGGAUCAAUGAACACAGCAGGUGUUUUGUUGUAUGCCCUGACCUGCUGCAUUUCAGGCUAUGUAUCUAGUAACUUUUAUAGAAAAAUUGGUGGAACCAACUGGGUGUGGAAUGUUGUCUUGACAACCAGUAUUUUUUCAGUGCCAUUCUUUAUGAUCUGGAGUGUCAUAAACUCAACAGCCUGGUAUUAUCAGUCCACGCAAGCUCUUCCAUACACCACUAUAAUUCUCCUGAUGCUCAUCUGGCUUAUUGUUGGUUUCCCGUUAACCAUUCUCGGUGGGAUAUUUGGCAAGAACUGGGCAGGAAGCUUCAAUGCCCCAUGCAGAACCAAGAACAUUCCAAGAGAGAUUCCUCAGAUACCAUGGUAUCGUAGCACAUUGGUGAGGAUGGUUGUAGGGGGUUUCUUACCAUUCAGUGCAAUCUCUGUGGAGCUGUACUACAUCUUUGCCACACUGUGGGGCCGUGAACAGUACACCUUGUAUGGAAUCCUUUUCAUAGUGUUUGUUAUCCUUCUGAAUGUCACAGCCUGUAUCUCCAUCGCUCUGACAUACUUUCAGCUUUCAAGUGAAGACUAUCGCUGGUGGUGGCGUUCACUUAUGUGUGGAGGGUCCACAUCUAUUUUUGUGUUUGGUUAUGCUAUGUUUUACUACUACAAGAGAUCCAACAUGUCCGGAAUGCUUCAGUCUGUACAGUUUUUUGGAUACACGCUGCUGACAUGCUAUGUGUUCUUCCUGAUGCUCAGCACUGUGGCUUUCUUUGCCUCCUUAAAGUUUAUAAGAUACAUAUAUGUCAACCUGAAGAUGGACUAACUCAGAUCAAAUCAAGGAUGGGAAGUUGGGACAAUUUGAAGCAGCACAAUCCACAAAUUGCAUGGACCUAUGUGUAGAACUAAUAUGAACUUUGUUUGAUGAGAGCACCAAAGAGUGUUUGGGUUUUUUCAAGCUGUGUAAGCAUACGAUACUAAGCUAUAAAAUUUUGCCAGAAGUGGAUUAACUUUUCAUUCCCAAGAUCUGAAAUAAAUGUUGACUGAGAAUUUAGCAUUUUAUCAAGGCAGAAUUUCUCAAUUGAUCAUCUCCUUUAUUUGCCAAGAGCAGUCACACCUGGGAGGGAAAGAAGUCAGUGCAGAAACUUGGUGGUGUUGUAACAUUUUGAGGUACACAUCCUGGUGUAUUUAUUGUUGGUCAAAGCUGACUAGCUAUGCCAAUUUACCUCAUGAUCAAAUUCCAAGUAAUCACCAUCAUUACUACUUCUGAAUUUUCCUCCACUUUUCUCAUGAAUUUUUUAACAUAAAUAGAGAUAUCUCUUUAUUUAUUUUUGAAUUUCAAAGUUAGGCCCAGCCAGAUCCCUAGUUAUAGAGAGCACCCUUAAACUAGAGGCACUCCUCUUUUAGGCCUCAGUUUGUAAAGAGAGUACAAAAGUCAAAUGAAAACCUUGAAAGAAUAUGGGUUGCAAAGUGGACAAGGAAGAGUCCAUGGUUUAAGCACCAUAUCAAUUUUUUUCUUAGUUUAUUAUUUAUGUUAAGAAGCAUAUAUUAGUCACCCACAUCUUUUGCAAUGAUAUAACAUGAAUUAAAUGCCACUUUAUUUGUGUUAACCUUUUAACUCCCAGAUCAAAUUUGUAAUUCUCCUUACUGUCAAACAUACAAUUCUUAUAAAGUUAGUUCAGAGAAUUUAGUACUGGAUCAACUAGGUAUCCCCAAAUUGAUAUUUUUCUUUAUUCUCGUCUCUUAUCUGGUCGAUAUUGUAUCAAUAUUGUAUGGAGAAAUUCUGUCUUGGUCACCCGUGGGAGUUAAAGGGUUAAAGGAUAUGUGGAUGAUUAUAUGUCGACUUGAUAUGUAUUAAGUGAUAUAAUUAUAAUUCAUAUUACAUGACUGUAUGAUAUUGUAAAAUAUUGGGUUGAUCAUUUGCUAACCCAGCAGGCACUAAGUGGCUUAUAAUUCAUUUGUUACUAUUCAACAAUUAUAACAUAAGCGUGGGAUUUCUGGUUGGUGAUGGUUGCUAAGGGCAUAGCCUCCAUUAAUUUUUAUGUAUGGGAACCAAGAGCAAAUAAUAUAAUUGUUUUAGUAUCAUUUUACUAGAUGUUCAAUACUCAGCAUCAAGAAAUGCCUAUGAUUUUGUUUUAUUUUGUUUAAAACCUCACUUCAUGAGGCUAAUAAUAUCACAGAUAAUAUAGUAAACUAGAAUAUACACACGCUUUGAUUGGUUUUACUCAUGAUCUAAUGUUAACUGUAUUAGCACUUUAAUUCUCCCUUUAGCUGCUACACAUCUCUUUGUAAAUCAGUUGUGAGAAUUUAGUGUUAGAUCAAGAUAACUUCCACCUGAUAUGUUGGAGUCUUCUCAAUACCUGUUUGCAGGAUGAUGUAAGGAUAUCAUAGAGAGAAGUUCUUUGUUAAUCACUUCGGGGAGUUAAAGGGUUAAAAAAAAUAAUAAAUAGAAAGUAGUGCAUCCAAUCACACUGUAGUGUUUGUAAUAGAGCACUAAUCGAUUUAUAAUAACAUGAAAAUGUGUGGGUAAUUUAUUAUUCCUCUACAUAAAUUGUUUGAUCAUUUCUUCAUUGUUCACACUGUAAUUUCUCUGCUCACUUGAUAUGGAUUUAACUUAUAGAAAAGGAAUUCUUACAUUGGGGUAAUAUAAUAUUGUUAUCAAUGAUACUUAAUUAGAUUGCUGUUAAGGGUUUGAUGAGCCAAUUACUAGAGAGUUAAGACUAUUUUAAUGCAUCUAGAGUUCAUAAGUUUCAAUUAGACAAUCAACAGAAAUCUCAGAUAUCAAUGUCUCUUAGUACAGUGUAAUUUGGCUUGAGUUGCCGUAGAUUAAAAUGAGUUUACAGUCA